AAACUAUAAGGUCACAUGUACAGAGGUCAAAAAUAUGCAACAUCGCGGCGGCCGGAUGGGGGGUCACUUUCAGCUGCCAAUGUAUCGCUCUAAGCCCCUCACCUUGCUGGGUGUAUCGUGCAUAUCCGUCCUAAACAACUUGUUGCUAGCGCCCCCAGCGUUCGUAUUGUUUUAGCCUUAUUAAUUUUGAACGGCCCUCAGCGGCCGACAGAUUCUGCGGUCCUCUGGAAUUCGUAGUUUCGGCUGCGCGCAUCUGCGGCCAAUCUUUGGACAUAAAAAUGUUUUAAAUUAGAACCGAAUGAAACCUUACCGUGGAAACAUUUUGAAGUCUUUUAAACCACCGUGCAGUCGCUCGAACUCUGCUCACAAGCGACCGUUAUGUCUCCAGGAAGCUGACGUCGACGAAAGGUUGAUGUUUUGGAGCGAUUGCUGAAGCAGCGGGGAGCUUGGUCUAUCGCCUUGCCCUCAUCAUGAAGAUCAACGACAAGAACCUAGUCACCUUCGCGCUGAGCAACACCCCCGUGGACCGAGAAGGCUGGCUCAUGAAGCGGGGCGAAGUGAACCGGUCCUUCCAAAAGCGCUGGUUCCUGCUCAAGGGCAACCUGCUCUUCUACUUCGAGAAGAAGACGGACCGCGAACCCGUCGGCGUCGUCAUCCUCGAAGGCUGCACCGUCGAACUGGCCGAAAACGAAGAGCUGUUCGCCUUCAAGGUGGUGUUCCACGGCUCGGGCCACCGGAUGUACAUGCUUUCGGCUGAGUCGCAGGAGUGCAUGGAGGGCUGGAUGAAGGCCCUGGCCUGCGCCUCGUACGACUACAUGAAGCUCAUGGUGGCCGAGCUGCAGCGCCAGCUCAGCGAGGUGGCCGAGGCCGAGCGGCUUGCCAAGUGCGGCAACACCACGCCGCUGCUCGUCGGGGGCCAGCUGCCGGCCAACCGGUCGGACAGCUGCCUGUGCGUGCGCGACACCUCGGGCCGCACCGCCCGCUUCAACCCCUUCGAUCGCUGGAAGGAGGACUUUGCCGCCGGCAGCGAGGGGGCGGCGCCGCCGGUCGCGUCGGCAUCACCACGCGCCGUGGCGUCGGCCAAGUACACAUUUGCCGAGCUGCACCGGCAGUACGGGACGAGGGUGAGAAAGCUCAUCGAGGAGAGGAGGCGGAGGGAGGAGAAGGAGCGGGGACUCGAACUGCUCAUCGACCUCUGAAGAAGGGAGCAGAGCUCAUCGAUGCGGCGCCGUGUGGAUUCCGUUUCUUCGACGUGGGCCGCGACACCGGAGGUGUUGCGCUGUGCGGGUAAUCUCGUGCAUUUCCGGAGCGUUUAGGAACAGUGCGUAGCAUGCGAUGGCCGGAACGAGACUGGACGUGUUGUACUGACCUGAAAACUAAUGUGUGCUGCUCAACGUUGCUGGUCGGCCCAUUAGUCUGCCUUGCAUCGCUUGUUUAGGGAGUUGUUACAACUCGGACUGAGGAUUUGUGGCAAUGCCAUCCAGACACGAGACAAGUUCAGGUAGUUUCCUUUGCAGGUCUCGCGUGCCAUUAACGGAGCAUAGUGGUGCCCCCUUCAUCUUGUGGUCCGAGUACCAGUUGACCCGCAAUUAUGACGCAUUUCUAAAACUGUUUUUCUACCAGUGCAGAAUUACAGGGAAAAAAAUGUUUUAUCUUCAUCUGCUGCACUCAGCUUAGGAUUGUCACUCUGUUGUAGCACAGCAGCAUCACACCGUGCCAUGUAUUCCUGUAUGGUGCAGUGUGGGCGGAAAGUUUGAGGGUGCUAAUGGUAUGCAAGUGCUUGUGCAAAUGAAGUGCUUUCGACGGGUACACAAACCCAGCCAUAUUCCCUGCUGUAAAUAAUAGUACUGCGAGAUCGUCCAGACAGAAAAGGCUAGUCUUGCCAUAGGUUGCGUUCCAUCACGUUUUUACCACCGGUGAUCUUGCACCGAUAUCAAUAAAUGUACAAAUUUCCCGUGUUGAAAGUAUGAUCCCGCGAAAUCCAUCUUCGGUCUAAGUCAAAUUCGUAAGUCCCAGCGUGUCAGCUUUACUAUUCGUUCUUUCUCGCGAGGGUCGAAACGUGGUGCCAUUGUGCAAAUAGGCACCAAACCCUUCCGGUUCUGAACUUGACGGGAGGUUUCCCAGUAUUUGCAUAAUCAAAUAUUCACGCUAUCUUCAGGAAAUGGCCACUCGUAGCUCUAUCAGACUUGAUUUACUCUUACGAUAAAAGGAUGACGAGUAAAACAAAUUGGGAAACAUGUGAACCGGAAGUGUGCCGGGGCUAACCAAGUUUGUUGCCAAACAAAAAAGGGUGAGUAGACCUCCACAGGCACGCUUUCUCGAUGCCCCUGCCUUGUUCCGCUUCAUUUGCACCAAGCUAGGGAGCGCAGCUACAUCUGCGACCGUGAGCCCCCUUGCUGCGAAGUGUGCCUCUGGUUUGUAGACAUCCAUGCAGCGAGGGCAAUCUUGCAAAGCCAAAAGUCUGGUCUCGAGUCCCAACCCGUGUGCAGUGCAUAGGGCAGCGUGUGGUGGAUAGCGCUACUUCUACUGUUGUGUGUUGUGCAUGGUCUUGUGGAAGUACAGAGAGAGUUCGAAAUAUGGGAGCACUUUUACUGGGCACCCUCUAAUGCUCAAGGUGAAGCUAGUGCCUGGGAAGUAUGUUUGAGCAGAUUGAAAACGAGAGACAGGAGAAUUGUCACAGUUGCACAUUUUUACACGGCAAGGAACGUCUACAAAUGUUUUAAUAUAUGAACAAUGGUGUAAAAAACAUACAUUGUUGGCGAGGAAUGAUGGGGUGAAACUGCCGAUGGCAGCAGAUUCCCGAGGUACAACUGUUUUGCACAUCUGCAAAUGCACCUGCCAAAUGUUGAUGGAAAUAAAAAAAAACAAAAAACCUUCA